AUGGCAAAACUCACUGUUGAUGCCGUCUACGAUGCCGGCGAAAGGUUUGCGAAUGUACCAAGUCCACUGUUUGAUGUUGGGAAUGAUGGCAAGUAUUAUGGCAGACGACUUAGGACUAGGCCUUAUCCUAAUCUAGGCCAAAUUGAUUGUCCGAGCCAGAAUGGAGUAUUCUCGGCCCCCGUGUGUUGCUGGCCAAUAACAGCUUUUAUCCAUUCAACGAGGCGAGCCAAACUUGAGCACAGCUUUACUGAUGCCUAUAGAUGUAGCCUGGCUGGUUCACGAGCAGCCUUCGCGCCUACCAGCCGAUUGGCCGCGAUCCCAGACAAUUUGGCUCGUGUGUCCCUUAUUGACCUGGAGCGUGGUCUUAUUGUGCGCAUGUGGAAAGGAUAUCGCAAUGCGGAAGUGCAAUUCUCGGAGGUUCCCGUACCGGUAGAGUCAUGCACCUCGAAUGACCUAUAUACGGCCCCCGUCUAUUCAUCCCUCGUCACCCCGAAAACCCAGAAUAAACGCACUCUGUACCUUAUAAUUCUUGAUCCAGGAAGGCGAUACCUCGAAAUAUGGAGUAUGAUAUAUGGGCCGCUGCUUGUGAGACUCCAGCUUAAUAAACCUCACUUGCGUCUACUUUCCAGGCCGAAUCGCUGCUUGGGUGGACCAAGGCAAAUUGACUCUGACUGCAAUUUGAAUUCCAGGUAUGAGAAGUAA